ACAUAAUACACAAAACGGUUGCUAAGAGUGCCGUCCGAUAACAGAUAAGAUUUCAAAAGGGAGGGACAGAACAGAGGUAAAAGAGACUCUGAGGAUUUUUUUCUUCUAAGGGAGUGGCAAUGGCAACCGCUACAGUUACAGCAGCAUCUACACUCUCAUGGCUUCACAGCUUCGGAGGAACCCCAAACGAGACAACAAAAGUAGCAGACAAAAACAGGGUUUUCGUGGUUUUCGCCCAGAAGAAAGCUAAAAAGACUCGAAAGAUAAUACUGAAGGAGGAUGUGGAAUACCUGGGGAAAAAGGGGCAGCUUUUGGAUGUGAAAGCUGGGUAUUUCAGGAAUUAUCUUUUGCCUACGGGAAAAGCCCAGAUCAUCACUUCUUCUUUGCUUAAGGAAAUGAAAAUGGAGGAGGAAAGAAUUGAAGCGGAGAAGCAACGGGUGAAAGAAGGGGCACAGCAACUCGCUCUAAUAUUCGAAACAGUUGGAGCUUUUAAGGUGAAGAGAAAAGGUGGAAAAGGAAAGCAAAUUUUUGGAAGUGUUACUGCUCAAGAUCUUGUAGACAUUAUCAAGGCACAACUUCAAAGGGAUGUGGACAAAAGAAUUGUUUUUCUUCCAGAGAUCAGGGAAACAGGAGAAUAUGUAGCAGAGCUGAAGCUCCACCCUGAAGUUACUGCCCGAGUCCGAAUUAAUGUUUAUGCUAACUGAGUACAACUUCCUCUCCAAAUGUGCACAGCUUUGCCAGCCAUUUGCAUCAGUCUAAGCUAUGUGAGCAUCUAAAUCCGAGGAGGAUACCUGUACCUAACACUCAUACACAAAAAGCCUGAGUAACAGGAGGUAGAAGAUACAGGGAAACUUCAGCUUGCUGCCUGUUUAGGACUGUGGCAACGUUCAAUUUUUUUUUUUUUGUAGAACAUGUAUUUAGCUUUAUUUGUAUUUCCAGUUCUUCAUUAUUCUCUUUUAGAACGUAAUGAGACGUUGAAAAGUAUGAUUAGAUUGCUUAAUUUUAUCUGAAACAUCUAUUCUCUAUGGGCUCUACUGUGUUUUAUAUUCUAAACUUGCUAUCCUAUAAGAACGGUCUGGAUUUUGGGCUUCUCUUAAA